GGGACAGCCCACUGUUCCGUGCCGCCCAAAAAGGCUCAGUACAGGCACAAACCACUGCCCGGCACUGCCCCAUGCUGCCUGAGAAGGAUUGGCACGAGCACAGACCACUGCCCCCACCUGCCCUGCGCCAUCUACCCAAGAAGGCUCGGCACGGGCACCAACCACUGCCUCCAACUGCCCCAUGCUGCCUGAGAAGGCACUGCACAGCCACCCCCAGCUGCCCCGCACUGUCCCCACCCGGGCAGCCAUGCGAGCAGCUGGAACUCUGCUGGCCUUCUGCUGCCUGGUCUUGAGCACCACUGGGGGCCCUUCCCCAGAUACUUGUUCCCAGGACCUUAACUCAGGUGUGAAGCCAGGAUUUCCUAAAACAAUAAAGACCAACGACCCAGGAGUCCUCCAAGCAGCCAGAUACAGUGUUGAAAAGUUCAACAACUGCACAAACGACAAGUUCUUGUUCAGGGAGUCCCGCAUCACAAGGGCCCUAGUUCAGAUAGUGAAAGGCCUGAAAUAUAUGCUCGAGGUGGAAAUUGGCAGAACUACCUGCAAGAAAAACCAGCACCCGCGUCUGGAUGACUGUGACUUCCAAACCAACCACACCUUGAAGCAGACUCUGAGCUGCUACUCUGAAGUCUGGGUCGUGCCCUGGCUCCAGCACUUCGAGGUGCCUGUUCUCCGUUGUCACUGACCCCCGCCUCUUCAGCAAGACCACAGCCGUGACAAACACCAGGAUGCAUGCUCCUUGUCCCCUCCCACCCACCUCAUGACCCAGCCUCACAGACCCUCUCAGGCCUUUGACGAGUGAGCGGGUGAAGUGCCACUGGGUCACCACAGGGCAGCUGGAAUGGCAGCAUGGUAGCGCCUCCUAACAGAUUAAAUAGAUCACAUUUGCUUCUAAAAUUAACUCCUGCUUCUG